AUGGACGAACCUCUGGACCCUGCUGCGGAGACAUCCGCCCCCAAAAAGCGGACACGAGUUCAAUUUUCCUGCACGGCGUGCAGGUAUCGAAAAUUGAAAUGCUGUCGCAAUCACCCUUGCGGUAAUUGCAAGAAGCGAGGCGAGGCCACAUCAUGCACCUAUGUCGGGCGCGGGCCACGAGCCAAAGCCCAACAUGGGCGGUCAAGCCCGACUCUAGUUCAGGACCGCUUGCGCCAUCUAGAGAAUCUAGUGAAGUCUCUUGCACAGAAGCAGAGGUCUGAACCUGAUAUCGACUUUAAUGCGGUGCAACCAAAGAAUCGGGACGGUUAUGCAGCGCCUUCCCCGGGCUCUGACCGUGACGCUGCGUUGGUUCCUGGUGACACGGGCACGCUGGUCGUCAAAAAUGAGGGAACUAGUUACAUUGAUGGUGCAAACUGGCGCGCAAUUCUAGAAGAGAUUAGUGACGUGAAAGAAUAUCUAGACGAGGAUGGUGAAGAUUCAGACGAUGAAGGCGUCGAAGUUGACCCGUACGAUGACUCGUCACCAGUUCUGCUGCUUGGUCAUGGUCGUCCGGUGAGCAAAGAGGAGAUGCUUAUGGACAUCCCUCCACGGUCAGUAGCCGAUCGCCUGGUCUCUCGAUUCCUGAAGACAUCUGAACCGGCACGAGUGUCAAUCCAUGUUCCCACGUAUCAGAAAGAGUACGAGGAGUUCUGGCUGCGCCCAGCAGACAAAUCAUUUACUUGGAUUUCUCUCUUAUACUCGAUCAUGGCUUUGUCUCUCUCUCUAUAUGAUCGAGGCUCAGAGCCGCUGCCUUCUAGCAUGGCUGACCCUAUCAAGUCAUGGGCCAUAUUCCGGAAAAGGUCCUCGCAGUGUCUUAUCCAAGCGAACUACAUCACCCCAGGGCGAUACAAAGGCGAAGCACUAUUCCUUUACUCACUCACCGAGUUCUACCGCACCCAGGAUUCGCAGAUUGGAAUGUCCUACUUGCUCGGGAUGACUAUUCGUCUGACUAUGCGUAUGGGUUACCAUCGUGAUCCACGUCAUUACCCAAUGCUAUCUGCCAUGGAUGGGGAAAUGCGCCGCCGUCUCUGGGCGUUGCUCGUUCAGCUCGAUACUUUAGUCUCAUUUCAAGUCGGCGUCCCUCGAACAAUCCAGCCUUGGCAAUAUGACACUGAGUUGCCCUCUAACUUGCUGGACACCGACUUCGACGAGACUUCCGUUCAAUUACCACCCGAGAGGCCAAGUAAUGAAGGAACAGAUUGCACGUACACAAGGGCCAAAUCUCACAUUAUGAGUGUCUUUGGUCAGAUAACAGACCUAGCAUUCUCUCGAGAGCAUUCAUCCUACGAUGAGAUCAUGGAAAUUGACCGUCGUUUGGAGACCUCCCAUGAUAUGUUACCCUCCUGCUUGAAAAUCCGGCCAAUGACGCAGUGCAUCGCAGACCCAGCAGAACUGACCGUGCGGCGCUUCGCCUUGGAGCUCCUGUAUCAAACAGCACGGCUUGUCCUACAUCGCCGGUAUAUCGCUGAGACCAAUACCAAAUUUGCUUACUCGCGAUCAGUCUGCCUAGCCGCAGCUCGGAAAGCGCUUCAACACCACAAAGAGAUCUGGACUGAGUUCAUGCCCGGCGGUCAGUUGCACGCUGAGCGAUACUUCCUCAAGUCCCUCCAUAAUUCCUUCUUGCUCUCUGCAAUGAUUCUUUGCCUUGAGAUGUCCCAGGAUGCAGAUCGUGGGGAUGCUGCGCGUCUCGGGCCCCAAGAACGCGCAGAGUUCUUGUUUCUUCUGGAAAGUACCCAUCGCAUAUUCAUGGAAUCCAGUCGCCAGUCUGUAGAUACACAGCGAGCAGUGAAUGCUCUGAAUAUCAUGCUCAAGCGGGUGAAGAAAGGUGACUUUCAAUAUUCCAGUUCGACUACUGGGAAAUCAACGGCGCCCAGGGAUAAUGAUAUCCCAACCCGAUCCACGGGUGCACCAACCUUUAAUCAACAAUACCCAGCCUACACAUCCAAUUCUGGCGAAUUCCAGUCCGCGAUACCCAACGUUGGCCAGACAGCGUCAUACGAUUCCCUGGGGGUCAUUGAAGGCAUGCUUGAUAUACCUGCUCAACUGGACUGGAACCUGUACGACAGUCACAUAUCAGGGGUCCAAAUGGCCACCAAUAACAACAUCUGGUACUCCCAUGGCCCCGCGACUCCGGCGUACGAUUUCAGUGCGUAUCCUCCUGGCGUAUCGCCGAUGGAUCAUCAGAGCUUCCAGCAAUGA